GUCUGUACAUGUAGCUGCAGUGUGUUUGUGGUUGUAGAGACACUUCCUGUCUCUCUGGUCUUCAGCUGCUCUGUCUUCUGUCACAUCAACAACUCGCUCACACACUUUACUUUCAUUGACGCCAGCAGGAUAAAGUCAGAAUGAAGAUCGCAUCCUUCAACGCCAAAAAUCUGGGCAUAAAAAAAGUUUCAGACAAGGCGGGUGGUGCGUUGUCUGACUCAGAUCAUGUCCCGCUACAGCAUAGUGGUGAUGCUGGAGGUGGUGGAUAAGAGCGGCAAAGCCAUGGAGAAGCUGCUGAAGGAGCUCAACGCCGCUGGCUGCGGCUCCUACUCCAUGACCGCCAGCUGCCAGCUGGGCCGAGACACCUACAAGGAGAAGUUUGUCUGUUUCUACAGAUCUGACGAGGCGACGCUGACGGACUGUUACCAGUAUGAAGACAACCAGGCUGGAGACGAGGACGCCUUCGCCAGGGAACCCUUCGUGCUGCGCUUCAGCUGUCCAGACACAGCUGUGAAGGACCUGAUCCUGAUCCCAGUCCACACCAAACCAGAGGACUCUCUGAAGGAGCUGGACGAGCUGCACGACGUGGUCCAGGCCGUCAGGAGCAACUGGGGGUCUGAUAACAUCAUGAUUCUGGGCGACUUCAACGCAGAUGGUCGUUAUCUCUCCAAGAGGAAGAAGCAAACGAUGCGCAUCUGCUCUGAGCCGUAUCACUGGCUGAUCACUGACGACGUCGACACCACCAGCAGCAACAACAACGACAACACCUACGACAGGAUCGUGGUUUAUGGGGAGAAGAUGCUGGAAGCGGUCGUCUCUGGAUCAGCCAAGUCCUUCAACUACCAGGAAGAGUUCAACCUGACGGAUGAGGAAGUAAGACACACAACAGCGAGCUCCAAUCACCUGACAGAGCGACGUCUCCUAAAGCUCCGUGUUUGUAAGACCCUCAGUGUCAGCGACCACUACCCUGUGGAGGUGGAGCUGAAGACGGAUCAGAACCAGGAGGAUGCAGCUCCAACGAGACCCACGGCAGCAACCAAGGGGAGGGCUCCAAAGAAAGGUUCAAGUCCUCAGCAUCAGCGUCACAGUCAUUGUUCCACUGUGGCUCAACAUCCAAACAUUAAAGACCACAGAAGAAGACGGAGCCAACGGCAGUGAAGAAGAGAAAUCCAGCACCAAAGAAGAAGAGUGGAGACGCACCUGCUGCUGCCAAAGCGCCCACGAAGAGAAGACGCGUCAUCAAGUGAAGCGGAUGCAGUGAAACUGGUUUUAUACAUUUCAGAAAACUGAAUUAAAAUGUGAAGUGUUUAAUGUGAAGGAUUACGACCAGUGGACACCUGCUGCUGCUGCUGCUGUUGAAAAUAUUAAAUUGAAAUUAAAGUUUG